CGUUUUACACGAUUUUCACAAAUGAUGUUUUUUAAGGACACGAAAUUCUGCUUGUUAAAAUGCUGUUCAUUAUAGCAGAUUAGUUUCAAGGUUGCUGUAAUUCGACUUUCAGCCUGUAGAUGACAAACAAGACAUGCUCGGCUGCAAUCCGAAGAGCAGCAGCAUAGUAGACAGAUUUAAGCUAACGCUAGCUACAAUAACAUUUUCUUUUCACCCCAAUUUGGGGUGUUGUCAUUCGUUGGUUUUUUAACGUAUUCGAGGCUGGCUUCACUGGCCAAACAUGCAGAAAUAUGAAAAGCUUGAAAAAAUCGGGGAGGGUACGUAUGGGACCGUUUUUAAGGCAAAAAACAGGGAAACCCAUGAAAUUGUGGCUUUGAAAAGGGUCAGGUUGGACGACGACGACGAGGGGGUGCCUAGUUCUGCUCUGAGAGAAAUUUGUCUUCUGAAGGAACUGAAACAUAAAAACAUUGUCAGACUACAUGACGUUUUGCACAGUGACAAGAAGUUAACCUUGGUUUUUGAAUACUGUGAUCAGGAUUUGAAGAAGUAUUUCGACAGCUGCAACGGGGAUCUAGAUCCUGAAACUGUGAAGUCAUUCAUGUACCAGCUGUUGAAAGGCCUUGCAUUCUGUCACAGUCGAAAUGUUCUUCAUAGAGAUCUGAAGCCGCAGAAUCUCCUCAUCAACAGAAACGGAGAGCUGAAGCUGGCUGACUUUGGUUUGGCUCGAGCUUUUGGAAUUCCUGUGAGGUGUUACUCAGCAGAGGUGGUGACAUUGUGGUAUCGGCCUCCGGACGUGCUGUUUGGAGCCAAACUUUACUCUACCUCUAUCGACAUGUGGUCUGCUGGAUGCAUAUUUGCAGAGCUGGCUAAUGCUGGAAGGCCUUUAUUCCCCGGGAAUGAUGUGGAUGACCAGUUGAAAAGAAUUUUCAGAUUGUUGGGAACACCAACUGAAGAACAGUGGCCAACAAUGACAAAACUCCCAGAUUACAAGCCAUAUCCCAUGUAUCCUGCCACCACCUCACUGGUCAAUGUGGUCCCUAAAUUAAGUAGCACAGGACGGGAUCUACUUCAGAACCUGUUGAAAUGUAAUCCUGUCCAGAGGAUCUCUGCAGAAGAGGCCUUACAGCAUCCUUACUUUGCUGAUUUCUGCCCACCAUAAAUGCUUAACUGCCUCUCGAUAAACGUCAGCUGCCAGAAUCAACCAUCCCCGCUCUCUUUUGGGACUUCAGGAAAAAUUCAAAACAAGGCAAAUCCCUCACUGGAUUUUCAAACACUCCCCCUGCUAUUCAUUCUGUUGUGCCUCUGUGAGGAACAAAGUCCUAGUGUCACUGCAAGGAUUUAUUAGCUUCUUUUAAGUUGAAAGCCUAUUUUUAAUUUGGCACAUACACACUUUCCAGUUAAUUGGCACAAAUGUGGGACGACGUUGGACCGCAUAAACCUUAUACGUGUGAAAGCGGUAUAUCAUAAUUAAAAAUGGCCCUUAGAAUCUGUGGUAAUCUCAUUUGGUGAAUUCACUUUGAAUAACUACAAUUUUAGUGCAGUACAGUAGCCCCUAAAAAGCCUUUGUAAAUAUAUUGUUUCUAUUAUGUUUUUGUUUUCAAAGCAGAUUUGAAGUCUUAUCAUUUGUAGAGGUUUUGAUGCCAGUUCCAAUAUUUAUAUCUGAAAGUUUACAAUAUGUGAUGGUAUAUUGACCACCUGAAUCUGGUUAUUAAAACAUAUGGCUGAGACGUG